UGAGCGGAAGUGACACUGGGGUUGCCAUGUUUGCGAAUAUGAAGGCUCUUUCGAGUCUCACGACUCACGACUUGGUUUAUUGUAGCUCUCAAGACUACUCGGGUGCCCUUGAGUAAUUACGGUUUUAAUAACGCCAAUGACAUUGUAAUGAUUGCUCGAACGUCUUUUCAAACUAGUUCUGUAACUUUAGCUGCAAGAGCAGGUUUGCGGGAUUCCAUCACAUCUGGCAACCCAACAAGGACCCGUCAACAAAUGAGCUGUCAAAGAAGUCGCCUAAAAGUUGACAUGACUUCAAAGUAUUUCUAUAAAGUCAACCAGUGAAGUUGAGGAGCGGCAAUGUUGCAAGUCUUGGCGAUGCUUUGUGUUAUUUUGUGACGAUAUUACUUUAAUCGCUGUAAGUCUCGUAUAGCCUUUAGCUAGCUGGCUCAAAUCUAAACGGAGCGCGACUUUCAACUUCUUCCGUCCUCGCAGCACACAUUGUAAAAUAUGGAGGACAUUUAGCAGUUUUAUGCUGAGGGAGGAUGGCGGGGGGUGUAAUGGAGACUUUAAAGCGAACACUGAGGCUGGACGUUGUGAGUAAAGCGGGUCGUCAAUAUCCAGUCUUCUGCUGCCUGCUGGUCUUCAUGAUGGGCCUCACCCUGCUGCUCAACAGGUACAUCCACAUCCUGAUGGGCUUCUGGUCCUUCCUGGCGGGUGUCAUCACAUUCUACUGUGCUCUGGAACCAGACUCGCUGCUGCCAAAUGUCUUCUUCAGCAGGAAAGCGAGACACACACGUCGGGAACAAGAGUUGUUCCCUUCGGGUCACAGUUGUGCCGUGUGUGGCAAGGUGAAAUGCAAGCGUCAUCGGCCCACGUUGCUGCUGGAGAACUACCAGCCGUGGUUGGGCCUGAAGGUUCAUUCCAAGGUGGACUCGUCCCUCGCAGAGGUCUUUGAGCUGGUUCUGGAGAACUUUGUGUACCCGUGGUAUCGGGACAUCACGGAUGACGAGGCGUGUGUGGAUGAACUCCGCAUGACCUUUCGCUUCUUUGCAUCUGUCUUUGUCCGCCGAGCUCAAAAGGUGGACGUUCCCGCUGUAUUUGCAGACAAAGUGAUGAAAGCUGCGGUGAAACAUGUGGAGAUUCUGGCUAAAGCUCAAGCUAAAGUCCACCAAGGUCACACGCUGCAGCAAGCGUCUCUGGAGGAGUACGGUGCCGACCUCCAUGUGGCCGUGCGCAGCCGCAAGAACGAGCUGUUGUACCUCAGGAAGCUGAGCGAGAUGCUGUUCCCAUACUUGAUGCCUCCGAAAGCAACAGAGUGCAGGUCUCUGGCGCUGCUGCUGAGGGAGGUCAUGGCAGGCUCCGUCAUCCUUCCCACCAUGGACUUCAUGGCCGAUCCGGACACUGUCAACUUGAUGGUGCUGAAGUUUAUCGAUGACACUCCACCAGAAGCUGCCACAGAAGCUCCGUCAGCUUUGGUUCCUUUCCUGCACAAAUACGCAGCCUGCAGCCACAAGAAGCCCUCGGUGCUCAAGCUGGAGCUGAGGGAGAUCAGGGAGCAGCAGGACCUUCUGUUCCGCUUUAUGAACUUCCUGAAGCAGGAGGGCGCCGUGCACGUGCUGCAGUUCUGCCUGGCCGUAGAGGAGCUCAAUGACAAGAUCUUGAGCCCGGAGCUGUGCGACUCGGAGCUGCGACGUCUGCACGGCGAGGUGGUGCACAUCUACGAGACGUACUGCCUGGAUGAAAGCGUGGACAAGAUCAACUUGGACCGCUUCAUCGUGGACGAGAUAAGGAACGUGGCUGCAGGUCCGUACGGCGCCGUGGUCAAGCUGCAGACCAUGCGCUGUCUCUUUGAGGCCUACGAACACGUCCUGUCUCUUCUGGAGAACGUCUUCACACCCAUGUUCUGUCACAGCGACGAGUACUUCAGACACCUGCUGAAAGGAGCCGAGUCACCAACAAGGAGCUUACGAGUCAGCAGGAACACUUCCAAGCGAGGGGAGUCGUUUGGGAUCAGCAGGAUUGGCAGCAAGCUCAAAGGUGUGUUCAAGAGCACCACCAUGGAGGGCGCCAUCCUGCCGCCCAAUGCCAUGGCCGAUGCAGAUGACGACGUGGUGGAGGAGGCCAUGGUGGUGAUGGAGGACGACUCUCCCGCCGAGCUCGCCUGCACACCGGGAAGCCUGAGGAACCUUUCGGCCUGGACCAUCACCAUCCCGUACAUCGACUUCUACGAGGACGAGGCCAAGAGGGAGAGAAUUCCCGUCUUCUGCAUUGAUGUGGAGCGCAACGACAGGAGGGAAGUGGGCCACGAUCCAGAGAGGUGGUCGGUGUACAGAAGAUACAUGGAGUUCUACGUGUUGGAGUCCAAGCUCACAGAGUUUCAUGGCACCUUUGCGGAUGCGCAGCUUCCUCCCAAACGCAUCCUUGGACCGAAGAAUCAUGACUUCCUGGCCUCCAAGAGGGAGGAGUUUGAAGAGUAUUUACAGAGACUCCUGCAGUAUACAGAGCUCAGCAACAGUCAGCUGCUGGCUGACUUCCUGUCUCCUCAUAGUGUGGAGUCUCAGUUUGUGGACAGGAUGCUGCCUGAUGUCAACUUGGGGAAAAUCUUCAAGUCUGUUCCCGGGAAGUUGAUGAAAGAGAAAGGACAAAACCUGGAGCCGUUCAUCCAGUCCUUCUUCAACUCGUGCGAAUCUCCCAAAGCCAAGCCCAGCCGUCCCGAACUAACCAUCCUUAGUCCUGGCGCAGAUGCCAACAAGCGGCUCCUCAACCGGCUCUUCAGGAACAAUGCCAACAUGGCGGCUGGCGCUGAGAGACGACAGAACCACAACUGCUUCCUGGAGGCGGUCGGCGUUGAGGGCAUGUACGACUACAUGAUGCACGUUGGUCGACUGGCGUUCCGCAUGCCGCCGUGGUUGCACCACUUACUGUCAGCCGGCAGGAUCCUUUUGAAGAACACCUUUGAGGCAUACAUGGAGCAGCACAUGCAGUCCAAGCUGGAUGAGAUCCUGCAGGAGCACCGUCUGGUCUCACUCAUCACGCAGCUCCGAGACGCCAUCUUCUGUGAGAGCAGCGAGGAGCGAAGCAGCCUGGACAAGCAGACCAGGGCCAAGCAGACAUUUGAGCAGAUGAUGGCCUAUCUGCCUGACAUUGUUGAUAAGUGUGUUGGCGAGGAGGCCAAACACGACGGCGUCCAGCUUCUCUUUGAGGGUCUACAGCAGCCACUCCUCAACAAGCAGAUGUCAUAUGUCCUGCUGGACAUCGCCCUGCUGGAGCUCUUUCCUGAACUUGAGCGCUGAAGGAUGUAGUCGUGGAAACCACGCAAACAAACCAAAUCCACAUCCUGGAUGAGAAAAGUGCAAUACUGAGCAAAGCAUUCCAACUAAAAUAUCCGUGAGCA